CAGCUCGUUAGGCCAAGCUGUAGCAAAGCCGAGCGCCGACGUGACUGACGGCGACCGUCGGAAGUAUGAGCAAAAUGUAUGGCAUAUGCUUCCGCGCAUUGCGGCAAGCUCCAGGGCCGAAGGCGUCCAGGCUGCUUCAGCAGAGGGCGUUUCGAGUCAGCGCAGUGCACCGGCAGCAGCCCUUCGACACAGCAGAUAAACCUCAGUUCCCUGGAGCUUCAGCUGAGUUUGUGAAUAGCCUUGAAUUCAUACAGCCCAAUGUCAUCUCUGGGAUUCCUGUGUACCGUGUGAUGGACCGGCAGGGUCAGAUCAUUAACCCCUCUGAAGACCCUCAGCUUUCCAAAGAGACCGUUUUGAACUUUUACCAGAAAAUGACUCUGCUCAACACAAUGGAUCGAAUUCUGUAUGAAUCCCAGCGACAGGGCCGGAUCUCGUUCUACAUGACCAACUACGGUGAGGAAGGGACACACAUUGGCAGUGCAGCAGCUCUUGACUCAAAUGACCUAGUCUUUGGCCAGUACAGAGAAGCUGGAGUACUUAUGUACCGUGGUUUUCCACUGAACCUGUUUAUGGCUCAGUGCUACGCCAAUGCAGAUGACCUUGGCAAGGGCAGGCAGAUGCCGGUCCACUAUGGCAGCAAAGACCUCCACUUUGUCACCAUUUCCUCUCCUUUGGCCACCCAGAUUCCUCAGGCUGCUGGGGCUGCAUAUGCAAUUAAGAGAGAGAACUCAAACCGAGCCGUCAUCUGCUACUUUGGAGAAGGAGCAGCCAGCGAAGGGGAUGCCCAUGCCGGCUUCAACUUCUCCGCUACUCUUGAAUGCCCGUUGAUAUUUUUCUGUCGUAAUAACGGCUAUGCCAUCUCUACCCCCACUAAUGAGCAGUACAGGGGCGAUGGCAUCGCGGCUCGAGGUCCCGGCUACGGCAUGAUGUCGAUCCGGGUGGAUGGGAACGAUGUGUUUGCUGUGUACAAUGCCACAAAAGAGGCCCGCCGCAGAGCUGUGGCAGAGAACCAGCCCUUCCUUAUCGAGGCCAUGACUUACAGAAUUGGCCACCACAGCACCAGUGACGACAGCUCGGCUUACCGCUCGGUGGAUGAGGUGAACUACUGGGACAAGCAGGACCAUCCCAUCUCCAGGCUGAGGCACUACAUGACUGCCCGCAGCUGGUGGAGCGAGGAGGAUGAGAGGAGCUGGAGGAAGCAGUCUCGCAAAACGGUCAUGGAGGCAUUCGAGAGAGCCGAGAAGCGCCAGAAACCCAAUCCGGACCUUCUCUUCUCAGACGUGUAUCAGGAGUUGACGCCCAAUCUGAACAAGCAGAGGGAGUCCAUGUGGAGGCACAUGCAGCAGUACAAGGAGCACUACCCCCUCGACCUGUAUGACAAAUAACCACCACGAUGUGGGAUUGGUUGAGAGUGUGAGGGUUGUGAUUGGCUUUCGCAGGCCUUUCUAGUUGAUUCAUAGUUUUGAUAUGACAUCAUUGGCUCCACAAUAGACGAGAAUAACAGUGAUGAUAAUUGAAUAACACUAUUACUUGCCUUUGGGUUUUGUGCCUUAAAGUAGAGAAUGACAGUGGCUAGUUAAAUUAUUCUGUAAUCCCUAGACAGUUUUGACCAUGUGUAUUUCCCAAAAAUGUCUGCAUUGAGGUUCUUCGCUGUUUAUUAAAAAAAAAAAAGGACUACAAUGUGAAAGCAAAUAGGGGCUAAAACCACAAUACGAGCAAUAAACAGAGGACUCAGUUUCUUUACCACUUCUGUCUGAAUCUGUUUCUUCUCCUUGUACAGUGAUCCUAUUAAGUACUACGGCACACGGCAUUUCUGCAUUGUCUUGUGGGAUUUAACGGAUUCCUUUGUGCAUAACUGAACUUCCUGUUUUACCUGCUUUUACCCCUCUCGCGUGUCCACCCCCAGAGUUUGAAUAAAUGGUUUUCUCUUGCAGGUGCUACAGUAAUGCUGUUACAUGACAUGUUUGAAAUCACUGACGGCUGUACACAUCUUGUAUAUUAAAUCAUACUCGGUGUUUUGUGUGUGGAAAACCUGAAUAAAGACUUGCUGUUUUCA